AUGCCGGACGAACUCGAGGAGAACGGGGCCGAGGUCUCGGAUGCCAUGUCGGACAAUGAGCACGAGUACGAAGACGAUCUUGCUGUGAAAGACGAAGACGACAAGAUGGCCGAGACGAACGACUCUACCGACAACAAUGGCGAGGUCAAGAAGAAGUAUGACCCUAAAGACCCCUUGCGCCCACGGCGGAAGAAGGCCAGGAGAGCAUGCUAUGCUUGCCAGCGAGCUCAUUUGACGUGCGGAGAUGAACGACCAUGUCAACGAUGCAUCAAGCGUGGCCUGGCCGAUGCCUGCCAGGACGGCGUACGCAAAAAGGCGAAAUAUCUCCACGAUGCACCUCCUGAAGCCUUGCGACCUGUUCUGGGCCCCAAUUACAACCCGAACCCAACGCCGGCCCGUCCAAACGGUCAACGACAGCACAGCAAUGCUUCGGAGACGGCCUCCACAGCCGGGAGCACCUACUUUUCCCAAAGUACCGCCUCGACCACGUUCCCGGUGUACUCUGGUUCGCAGACACCCGUGGGCCUUCCCGAGGGACUCACUUUCCCGCAGCCGUCACCAGUCUCGCCUCCAUUCCCUCAGCCAGCCACCAAUAACCAGCGACCUAAUACGAUGGGAGGCAUGAUCUCGCCUCAGAUCUCCGGGGAUCCAUUGAGUUUUAAUACACUCUUCGACCCCAGCAACCCCGCCAUCUUCAACUUUGACUUGGAAGGCCUCAACUUCGGCAGCCAGUAUGGUGCCAUGGAGUUUGGCAUGCUGGGCCACAUGUCCUCUGGGGCUGGGGAGACUCCACCGCGCGACCCUUCUCUUUCAGGACCCAGCAGCGGCGACAUCAAUUUUGGAUCCGCUGGUGUCUUUGGCAACGGCAACGGCCAGUUUGGUCAGUCCUAUGAUGGCAUAGGGAGCGAAUUCUUGAACCUCGAUCACCCUUCAAGCGGCCUGUAUCAGCAGGGCAAUCUCCAACAUGGCUUGCCCCACGCAUAUGCUAUCGCUGCCGGCCCAAACAGUCUGCAUAGUCCCAGCACCGAGACGACGGCGAGUCCACAACCGACCAAUUUCAAUUUUGAGGGCUCACCGAGCGGCAAUUUCGGCGGCCUGGGCGGUAACCAAUCCCUGACAGGUGUCGGAGGCCGUCACAAGAGCAAGCCCAGUGCGGCGCAGAAAGGCGGGCCCCAAUCGAUCCUGGGAAAGAGGCAGAGAGAUCCAUCGUGGAUAUACGAGUCGGUUAAGGAGCCCUAUCAGUACCUGGCCGGGUUCCACGCUCUCAUCGCUUUCCUUCAGAAGAGAUUCUCUGCCAACAAGACGCUAAGGAUUGCCAAGGCACUGGCCAGCAUCCGGCCUUCGUUUAUCUCCUGCACGCGGAACCUGAAUCAACAGGAUCUCGUCUUCAUGGAGAAGUGUUUCCAAAGGACGCUGUUCGAAUAUGAAGACUAUAUGCACCAGUGCUCGGCGCCUACCAUAGUGUGUCGCCGGACGGGCGAAAUUGCGGCUGCGAACAAGGAGUUCACCGCCUUGACAGGAUGGACCAAGGACGUCCUUCUCGGCAACGAACCCAACUUGAACGUCAAUACUGGCGGUGCUGCUUCUACCACUGCAAGCGGCGCCAACACGGGUCGUGCUGGCUUGGCGACGCCGAAGCUGUCCGCCGCAACGCUGGACUCUGUCGAGACGGAAGGGAGUCGCAAGCAGCCAGUCUUCAUUGCCGAGAUUCUCGACGACGACAGUGUCAUUGAGUUUUACGAGGACUUCUCCCACCUUGCAUUUGGCGACAGCCGAGGCAAGGUCUACAAGACAUGCCAAGCACUCAAAUACCGGACCAAAGAGGCUGCCGAGGCUGCCGCUGCCAUGGAGGUCACGCCACAACGAGACCCAAGGAAGAGCAUCCUCAGCAGCCGCGUCAUUCGUAUCGACGGUGAACACGGCAUCUCCAAGAUUGAGAAGGACGGCAAGGUCAACUGUCGCUAUUGCUGGACCAUCAAACGCGAUGUCUUUGAUAUUCCCAUGCUUAUCGUUAUGAAUUUUUUGCCAUGCUAUUCGCGCAACCAGGAACCGCACCAACUUGCUGUUUAG